AAGUCUGGUGGAUGGUAGAGCUCCUUCUACAUAACUACCUAUUUAGCUUGCCUUCGGAUACCUUGAUACCUAGCAGGUACUUCACCGAUCAUCGACUCAGAGAAUAGUUGCGUAAGACAUCUACCUCUCUGCGUCCGUUCUACCGACUUUUUCGACCGUAGGCUGCAACCAAGAUGCUCAUCAAGGUCCGAACGCUCACGGGCAAGGAGAUUGAGCUGGACAUUGAAAAUGAAUACAAGGUCUCGCAGAUCAAGGAGAAGGUAGAGGAGAAGGAGGGAAUACCGCCGGUUCAACAGCGCCUCAUCUUCGGUGGCAAGCAGAUGGUUGACGACAAGUCAGCAUCCGAAUACGGUCUCGAGGCUGGUGCGACCCUUCAUCUUGUUCUGGCACUCCGCGGCGGAGCUGCCAUGGGCGGAAAAUAAUGCAUUCGGUCGGAUGGUCUUGAAGGUCCUGGGAAACAUAACCCACAAACAAACAUCAUGCCACUGGUAGUCCAUUUAGAGGUGAUCCUGCGUGCAACAGACCGCUACGCACACAUAAAUAAGGCCGGCGUCAUCGGGCUCGGUGUCAUGGGUAUUUACGCGGAGUCAAGAAAGUCUCAACUGUCUUGGACUGCAGGGGCUGCAUAUGGGUAAUCAUGACCAUGCCAAUCGU